CAUCCAGAGGCUAUUGCAGAAUUGCAAUUUCGUGUCAGUGGAUUGACAUCAGGAUUUACUAUGUUCCCUAGCUGUACUGCUCAAUAUCAGACUAUCCCAUUCUAUAAUCUAAACCAAACUGAAUCAGCGCCGCCCCAGUCUCGCCUCAACAUUCUCAUCUACUUUCUCCCCCUCCUCCAGGUAAGAGGGGGAUAUCAUCACAGAGAGUAAUCGAAAUUGUUGUUCCAACUGUUGGCAGCUUCUUGGUUUUGUCCAGUUUCAUAUGUUGUGUUCUAGGUCGGAAAGCAAGCAAGAAACUAACCAGAAAUGGUAAGCAAAGACGGAAUGCAAUCCCUGCAAUUUGAGUAUAGUAUAAUUGAAGCAGCCACAAACAACUUUGCUGAAGUUAACAUUGGUGAUGGUGGAUUUGGCAGUGUAUACAAGGGUAUACUCCCCAAUCGGAAAGAAAUAGCUGUGAAGAGACUAUCAACAAGCUCUGGUCAAGGCACGGAUGAGCUUCAGAACGAAGUUGAAUUGGUAGCCAAACUUCAGCAUCGGAAUCUUGUGAAGCUAUUUGGAUAUUGUCUCGAAAAGAAAGGGAUGCUUGUCUAUGAGUUUGUGCCCAACAAAAGCCUAGAUCACUUCAUAUUUGAUCCUGAAAAACAAAGACAGUUGGAUUUCCAACGAUACAAAAUCAUUAAAGGGAUUGCUCGAGGAAUUUUGUACCUUCAUUCGGAUUCACGCCUCAGAAUCAUACACCGUGAUCUUAAAGCCGCUAAUAUUUUAUUAGACGAGGACAUGAACCCAAAGAUUUCUGAUUUUGGCAUGGCAAAGCUUGUUGGGGAAAAUAAAAGCCUACAACAUACCAAAAGAAUUGUCGGCACAUAUGGUUACAUGUCUCCGGAAUAUGCAAUGCAUGGACGAUUCUCAGAUAAGUCGGAUGUAUUUAGUUUUGGUGUUUUGAUACUGGAAAUUGUAAGUGGCAAAAGAAAUACAAGUUUCUGUCAUUCUGCGCAUGCCGAUAACCUUCUGACUUAUGCGUGGAGACAUUGGAAAAACGGGACACCACUAGAACUGAUGGAUUCAACCUUACGAGAGUCUUAUGUAAGUGAUGAAGUAGCUAGGUGCAUUCAUAGCUUGUUGUGCGUUCAAGAAAUUCCAGAAGCAAGAUCAACGAUGGCGAGAGUUGUUGUCAUGCUUAGCCGCUCAUCGGGUACUUUACCAUUACCUCAACGACCGGCCUUCUUUUUCGGCACCACGAGUACUGUUUCAUCAUCGCCGGCCACCGUUAACGACACAUCCGUUACUGAGUUAUUCCCUCGGAUGCCUUCCUUUAAGCUAAUUUCCUUUUUGAUUCUGUUUCUCUACUUCUUUGAUCUCUCAGCGGAAGCCAACCCAAGUUUCUUGUACAAUUUCUGUUAUGACAACCACACCACUUUCACAAGAAACAGCACCUAUGCUACCAAUCUCAAUCUCCUCCUCUCUUCUCUCUCCUCCAACGCCCAGCGGAGUGAUGGAUUCUACAACACCACGGUGGGACAACGGCCGCCCGACAGAAUCUAUGGUCUCUUCCUUUGUCGAGGGGAUGUUACCUCUGAUGUUUGUCGAGACUGUGUCACUGCUGCUGCCAGGAAUGCUACUAUAAUUUGUCCCGUGGAGAAGAACUCUGUGAUUUGGUACGAUACGUGCAUGCUACGUUACUCCAAUGAAUCCAUAUUUUCGUUGAUGGAAACCAGGCCCGGCGGGACCGUAUGGGAUAACGACACCGUCACGGAAGAAGAGGACUUUAUCAACAUAGUGGCUUCAUUGGUGAAAGAUGUAGCGAGCGAGGCAGCGGAUGCUCCAUUGGGUGCUACGAAGUUUGCAACCAAAGAGGUGAAUCUUAGUGGCUCUCAAACGUUGUACAGCCUUGCACAGUGCACGCCGGAUAUUUCCGACAUAGGUUGCAGUUUAUGUCUUCAGGAUGCUAUUACACAGUUCUCGGAUUGUUGUCGUCGAAAAGAGGAAGCAACUCGAGCGAGCUCGUUGUUGCCUAGCUGCAAUGUUCAGUAUGGAUUAACCCCAUUUUAUAACAAAAUUGCAGGGGAUCUAUCGCCGAGACAUCCAGGGAAACGGAAGACCUCAUCACAGAAAAUCAUUUACAUUAUUGUUCCAGUUGUUGCUUUCUUGGUGAUUUUGUUUACAUUUUGUUGCUGCAUUAUAAGAAGGAAAGCAAGGAGGAAACCCAAUUUGCUAAAUGAUCAGAAAGAUAAAAGCAUGGCCAGAACCAUGAAUUCUUUACAAUAUGACAUGAGCACAAUCGAACCUGCUACGAACAACUUCUCCGGUGCUAACAUGAUUGGUGUCGGGGGAUUUGGCAGUGUGUAUAAGGGUACACUUUCAGAUGGACAAGAAAUUGCAGUGAAAAGGCUAUCAAGAAGUUCUAAACAAGGAGCAGAAGAAUUCAAGAACGAGGUUGCGUUGGUAGCCAAACUUCAGCACCGGAAUCUCGUAAGAUUGUUGGGGUUUUGCCUCGAAAAAGAUGAGAGGAUUCUCGUCUAUGAAUUCGUCCCCAACAAAAGCCUGGACUACUUCCUAUUUGAUACUGAGAAGCAGAAGCAAUUGGAUUGGCCGACACGUCUCAAGAUAAUCAAAGGAACCGCUCGGGGACUUCUAUAUCUCCAUACAGAUUCAAGGCUCAAGAUUAUACAUCGUGACCUAAAACCGAGUAAUAUCUUGUUGGAUGAGGAUAUGAAUCCCAAAAUAUCAGAUUUUGGGAUGGCUAGAAUUGUUGAAGAAAAUCACAGCCUUGAACAUACCAAGAAGAUUGUUGGGACAUAUGGUUACAUUGCUCCAGAAUAUGCAUUUCAUGGGAUUUUCUCUUUUAAAUCCGAUGUGUAUAGCUUUGGUGUAUUGGCACUGGAAAUAGUAGGUGGUAAAAAAAACUCCAGUUUCUACAAUCCUGACAGUGUUGAGAACCUUAUAAGCCAUGCUUGGAGGUAUUGGAACGAGAGGACGCCGCUGGAGAUGAUGGAUCCAAGUUUAAGAGAUUCUUAUGUGAGUGAUGAAGUCAUUAGGUGCAUUCAGAUCGGUUUGCUUUGCGUCCAACAAAAUCCGAAGUCGAGACCGACGAUGGCGAAAAUUGUUCCAAUGCUUAGCAGUUCUGCUAUUACUUUACCAGCGCCACAACAACCGGCCUUGUGUUUCGGUACUAAGACAAGAGGAAGCACUUCAAGUGCAGAGAUGGGGUUGGAUCAGUCAACAAAGAGGUUCCAAUGCUCAAAUGAUGUAUCUAUCACUGAAUUUUACCCUCGGUAGUAAGUUGAAUCCAUUUUUUUGAAAAGAGAAAUGAAAUAUACUGUCUUCCAUUAAUUUUAUGUAAAGG